AUGUCUGCUCAAGAAAAUGGUGCGCCAGCGUCGGCACCAGCUGCACCCUCGGCCGCGGCCAAACCAAAGUCGCAAUGGAAGCUUCCUUCACUGCUGAAUCACUUCAAUGCAGCCGAUCUGAAGACUCUUUUUCGUUGUUCCGUCGCAGCAUGGGUUGCGACGCUGAUGAUCUUCAUUCAUCCCGCGCUGAACACCAUUGGGAUUGCGAGCUUCUUCGCGACAAUGGUGCUAUUCAUGGUACCGCCGAACAGCAUGGUCUUUGUUUACAUUCUGGCCUCUUUUACGCUGAUUUUUGGAAUGGCGCUCGGAUGGGGUUGGGGCGUGAUCACCAUGCUUGCUGCACAAGCGGCAAGGCCAGUAGCUGAAAAACAGGCGAAGCUCCAAGCGAUGGGCCAACAAGCUUAUCAGCAGGCUAACGCGACUGGAGUCCCUGUUGCCAAUGUCGCGCAGGCUCGUCUUCGAGCAAGCAACCCGAAGUUUGUUCUGUGCCAGAUCUUUGGUACCAUUGUUAUGGAUGUUUAUUUGACGCUUGGCCCACUGCUACCUUCGUUCAACGGGACCAUCCCGAAGGUCUUCCUUAUCCCUUCCGCGAUCGGCAUUGGUCUAGGGUUGGUGUGUCAGAUCGUAUUCUUCCCGACGUCGACUUCUCACGUUGUCCUCGUAGGAUAUGAAGAUCUUGUACGCUUGUUGAAAGCUCCUCUGGAUGUGACAAUUGCCAGUUUAUGCCAUGGAAAGGUCGCUGAAAUGUCCGAUCUGCAGAAAUUGAAGCUGGGAACUCUCGGUUUGUACAGAAAAAUACAGCCGGCCCUCGGGUUCUUGCCGUUGGACUUUUCGGUUGGUCGGUGGAAUGCUCAUGAUGUUAAGAGCCUGAACGAACCUUUGCGACAGGCUACAAUGAGAACUUUGUUACUGCUGGAGUCGCACAUUGCCCACGUUGGAGGACAGGCAAAGGCGGAGAAGCUCCGCACUCUGACUUUCGACGCCGAUACUUUCUCGGAGAUGCUUGACGAGAAGAAGAAACCCCGCAAAGCUGGAUUGCGCCAAUUGAUUCAGAGUGCUAGUAUGGUCCAUGCCAUACAAAGCCCUGAGCACGAAGGGUUCCGAAAAGAAAUGCAUGAGGCUCUUCAAGAGCCCAGCAGCAGGAUCCUACCGAUUUGCACGGAUGCGACUACCAUCACUGCUGAUAGCAUUAAAGCUGUUAAUUCGGCGCGAUGGUUCAAUCGGCCAACUCAGCAGAGGUUCAACGAGCUGGAGGAGAAUGCCCAGACGAUUUUGGAGAACCUCAGGGCAGAACGGAUGGCUUUCACCAAUGAUACUACGGAGCGACUUCUUCAAGUCAACGCGGAUCUGUUUGACGCGGAUGGGGCCCUGAAAGAUCUCGGACUGGGUUAUGCGUUCAACUGGGUGUUUCGUAAGAGCGCCGUGGCUCCCGUCCAAGCGGCAGAGAACACAGUUGUUGAUCCAGAGGAACAGGAGCGGAAGACCAAGGCAGCACAGGAGAGCCUUCGCAUGAGUCGCGGAUACCGUGCCCGACAACGGGGUGGCAUCGGGCGCGUCAUCCUGGCAAUUUACCAUUGGCUUAUUAACAGCGAGGGUAUGUACGCUCUGCGUAUGGUCUGUGUGACUAUCGCUCUUGGAAUUCCGGCUGUAAUCCCGUCUUCUGCAAGCUUUUAUUACCGCGAGAAAGGUCUCUGGGCGCUGAUUAUGGGUCAGACCACGGUACUGGUUUACAUGUCUGACUUCACAUUAUCACUUGUCUCUCGUUUCGCCGGAAGUGUUAUCGGUGGUGUCGUCGGCCUGGUAGCCUGGUACAUUGGUUCUGGUAAUGGCAAUGGGAAUUCGUACGGCCUAGCGGCAGUCAUGGCUGUGGUCGUUCCAAUGUUAAUGUGGCUACGGAUUUUCUCUCCCCCUGUCCUUCUACAGUCUGUUAUGAUGGGCUGUGCAACCUGUCUUCUCGUUGUCGGAUACAGUUUUGACUACCAUUAUUACCCCCAAUAUGGCAACCCGGGAGCUGGCUAUAGCGUUUUCUGGCGGCGGUUGCUACUGGUCCUUAUUGGGUCUGCGGCGGCUGCAAUCUUGCAGCUUCUCCCAAGACCACCCUCCGCCACCCGACAUGUCUGCAGCUCUCUUUCCGGUGCUGUCCGAUCCCUCACUGACCACUAUGCGCUUCUUCUAUCGUGCUGGGGAAAACCUGACCGUGAGGAAGGCUUGGUCGCCGAAGACCUCGCAUUCCAUCUUGCGGAGAGCCUAUCCGCUCUUGACGGACCAGUCGCCAUGCUCAAGUUAGAAUUCUCCAGCUCUCCCUUCGACAGUGAACACCUCGCCCAAAUCAAAGCGCUCUGUCAAGAUCUCAACCACCACCUGGCCCGUCUUCUCUUCCUUUCCGCGUCUUUGCCCGAGCAUUUUCAGUCUCGUCUUGCGCAGCAUGGGGGCCUUUUAGAUCACCGUGGAAUCGGCGACAUCAUGGCAGUUCUUAAUGCCAUUGAUCAGACGCUUAAAACAGGAGACCCCGUCCCCGAAGUCCUGCCAACCCCAUUGCUCAAGCGAUGCCUUGACUUUUGGUCUACCCAUCAUGCAGAUGUUACAAUGAGUCGAGAGUUGAUCCGUGACGAGGACUACCGCCGCUUCUGCGUGGCGGUCAGCGCUUACCUCAAAUUCCUCGGGACUGUGGACGACUUGGUGCUUGUGAUCAAGGGAGCUGUUGGUGAAUCGCAUAUAGUCAGCCGAGCGCUGAUGCAUGAUCUCGUUGUUUGA